CAACGCUACCCCGAAAGCGAACCUCUCCCUAAGUUGGCAGGCUGAAGCCAAAGUACCAUUAUCCAUACAUCGAAAUCAUCUGCAGAACAAUAUGCCGGUGGGAGGACGAGUAGCUGGUAAAAUUGGAUACUCCAACAACAAUUACUACAGUGGCUCACAAUCGUAUGGUCGUUCGUAUAGUGGCAUCAACGAGGCCAUAAUAUGGGUCAGUAUUGGCAUGGGAAUCACAAUAGCCGUCCUGAUAACUCUGGCUCUCUGCUACAUACUCUACGAAAAAUGCCAGAAAAAAAGGGAGUACUACAUAACAGCAUAGGAUAAGGAGAAGUUCCGUGUAUCCAGAAUAAGUUACAUAGUAGUAAACAUAAAAUGUUAAGGAUAACAUACACUAGAGUGUCUAGCACUUUCGACGACACUACCAGAUACUUUUUCUUUAAUGGGACCAUAUAGAAUGCUCGGAGAUUACCGGAACCAUCGAAAAGAUAAUCAGAUUAUUUCAAAGAAUACAACGGGAACAUAAUGUGUACAUUUAACAUUUAACGAUUGUUUUGUAGGUUUUACACAUAGACUAAGGAGUAAAUAUUCUAUUUAUGUGAAAAGAGUCACUG